AAUGUUACUUAAUGUUACUUUUUCCCACAAAAAUAUAAUGAGGUUUAAUUUCUAUAAAAAUACAAAUAAAAUAAAUAAAUACGGCUUAUCAUGUAAUAAUAAUGGCAUACGCAGUACCAGGUAUAUGGUUACUUAUGAUAUUAUUUUUCAUACAAAAUGCAUUUAUGUAUUUUCAAACCAGUUUUCCUACAAAUAAUCUUUAUACGUGUAACUCCAAGGACUACUCAAGGUCCUAGGAGUUGCGUGAACUCCCGCUGGAAUGUCCCUGAAGGGUCGUGGAGGCUUGACCAGGUCUGGACCAUCUGCUCAUGCAAACCAUGCGUAAAUAAUUGGUGUUUUUAACCUCGGUUUAAUGACGCAGUACCAAGCAGGGAGAUGGACGGCAGCUGUAAUAUCUUGUCUCCUUUAUUAAUAUACAUUUCCAUAGUACUUUUUCUAUGAAUUAAUUCAUUCUGCUAAUUUAUUUGAUUUUAUUUAGUCAUUUUUAGAUUGUCCUAAUAUUUUGUAGGAUUAUUAUUGAUCUAUUCAUGUGAAUGAAAAUGUAUGAAUGUUUUUUUAUGUUGGUAUAUAUGUCACACCGAGAUGCCUCUGGUGGGUUCAUGCAGAACAAUAACACUUCAUUAUUGAUGCUUUAAUUGGUCUGUGAAGGAUUUGUAAACACUGGAGUCAAAGGUCACCCCUCACCUCCUUCCCAGCCCCCCCCUGCAGACAGAUGCAUGGAGGAUAAUAAUAGCUUUCAAACAGAGCAUUAUUAUCCCUGCAGAGAACCGUGCAUCCAGCAGGGGGCGCAAAAGAGUCGGCUUUUCUAACCGCAUGUCGCCUCUCUGCAGAGCUUCUGUCAUUCAGUCAGUCAGUGUGUGAGUGCAGAAGCAACAGGAGCCGAACAGGAGGACUUUGGUGGUUGUCUGCGUUUGGAUUCGACUUUGAUUCGGAGCCGAUAUGCGUGUUUCACUUCAUUCGGCGGGUGGGAUGUGUGGACGGGAGCAAACUUGGACUGAAAGUGGAUUCAUGGAGGAGGAUCCUGCAGAGUAGAACAUGUCCAGUGGAGUUUAAGAAUACCUGCAGCAGUGUGGAAGUGCAACCGUCCAUCAACAAUGCGAGGAGUGUGCUUGUGGAUCGUCAGGGUUUUGGCGUUUCUUCUGCUUUGCUCGGAGCCUCUGAGGUGCCAGCACGCAACCGACCACAGGAAGGUCCCCCAGAGGACAGCCACCCUGCAGGACUUUAGAACAAACCAUGGAGGACUUCAAGGCUCCUGGGGUUCCUGGGGGUCCUGGUCGGCCUGCUCUCUGACCUGUGGAAGUGGCGUGCAGGAGAGGAGUCGACCCUGCCUGCGGGUGUACGCGCCGUCCUUACACCACAGACAUGUCAUCUCAGCCCUGAAGCCUUCAGUUCCUGUGUACCGAGACACCGCGGCAUGGUCUGACGCCGGAGGUCACCAGGAACCGCGUCACUUGAUGGCGACCCCACCUGGUGGACGCAGGCGGAUUAUUCCCAUCACCCCCGGCAGGUACGGCUACGGAAAAGCUCCUUUGCAUUCCAAUGCGGAGCAGACCGGGUCCGGAAGAGUCCACCACCCCGACAGACAGAAACGCUCGGCUUCCUCUCGACACGUUGGCCUCAGGUCGCGCCACCAAACGCACCACCACAGCCGGGCCCAAACGCAGCCUCUCUGGGCGCCGCUCUACCGGCAGACCUCGGCCAGACAGAGUUCCGGAUCCCAGCAGCAGAAAUCCGAGAGUCCGUACGACCCCCUGCCCACUUCUGUUUGCACGGGGGAGCACGCUCACCGCAGGCUCUGCAGCACUAAUGCCUGUCCUGCAUCCAGCAAACACAUCCGAGCUGUUCAAUGUUCCGCAUACAACAAGCAGCCUUUUAUGGGCCGACUGUACGACUGGGAGCCCUUUCACGAAGUUGUCGACGGUCAACACUGCCAGCUCAACUGCCGGGCGGCGGGCUUCAGGUUCUACGUGCGAUUAUCCAAUAAGGUGAUUGACGGGACGCCCUGCGGACGCAAUGAUUCUUCUUCUGUGUGCGUGGAGGGACAGUGCACGAGUUUGGGAUGUGAUGGCUAUCUGGGCUCCGGGAAGGUGAUGGACAAGUGCGGCGUCUGCGGAGGCGACGACGCCACCUGCACGCUGAUCUCCGGGGUUUUCCAACACUCUUUGUCCAAGAUCGGCUACCACAAGAUUGUGGAGAUUCCGCAGGGAGCCACCAAGAUCAACGUCACCGAGAUGGCCAAGAGCCGCAACUACCUCGCGCUCCGAAGCCGAUCGGGCCGCUCCAUCAUCAACGGCAACUGGGCUAUCGACCGCCCAGGGAAGUACGAGGGAGGGGGGACCAUGUUCACCUACCGCCGACCCAAUGAAAUCAGCAGCACGAGCGGGGAGUCCUUUCUGGCCGAGGGGCCCACCAAUGAGAUCCUGGAUGUUUUUAUGAUCUUCCAGCAGCCCAACCCCGGUGUUCACUAUGAAUACGUCAUCCCGUCUCAGAGACCUGGAGACCAAGCCCACCACACACCUGAAGGGAACGCCGUGAACGAGCAAGGUGGCUCCGGCCGCACGGAAGACAACCGAGCUCCUGCCAUCAAGCCCCCCAGACGCGAGAGGGACUACAACUGGAAGAUGGUCGGAACCAGCGAGUGCAGCGCCUCCUGUGGUAAAGGUGUCAGGUAUCCCAUCUUCCGCUGUGUCCACCGACUGAACCAAGUCCAGGUCCAGGACACUUUGUGUGACAGCAACAGCAAACCGACGCCACAGGAAGAAGCCUGCAACCUGCAAUCCUGCCCCGCAUUCUGGGACAUCGGCGAGUGGUCCGAGUGCAGCAAGACGUGCGGCCUGGGCAUGCAGCACCGGCAGGUCCUGUGUCGCCAGGUUUACGCCAAUCACACCCUCAACGUGCACGCCAGCCGCUGCCAUCACCUGGAACGACCCGAGACCGCCGGCACCUGCCAGAUGAAGAUCUGCAGCGAGUGGCAGAUCCGCUCGGAAUGGAGCGCCUGCUCGGUGCCGUGCGGGCUGGGUCAGAGGUCACGGGAGGUUCGCUGCGUCAGCAACGUGGGCGACUUUGUUCCCGACGCCGAGUGCAACAUGAACCUGCGGCCCUUCGACAUCGAGAAUUGCGACAUGGGAGCGUGCGCUAAGAGCUGGUUCCACACGGACUGGGGCGCUAAGUGCUCCGCCGAGUGCGGACCAGGCGUACGCACGCGAAGCAUCCUCUGCCUGACCAACCACAUCGGCAACCUCCCUUUGGAGAACUGCGGCAGCGAGAGGCCCUCGCACACUCAGGAGUGCAACAACGGCCCCUGUGAGAACGCCAUGGAAUGGUUCACCGGGCCCUGGAGUCAGUGCUCUGCAGAGUGCGGCGCAGGCAGCCAGCAGAGGUCAGUGGUGUGUUUGAUGACGUCGCACGACGGCUUCACCGUGGCGCCUCAGUACGAGUGCUCUUCGCUGGAGAGACCCCUCAGCCAGCAGAGCUGUAACGUGAAAGCUUGUGGAGCAAAGUGGUACUACACGGACUGGAGCGCCUGUUCCAAAACGUGCGAGGGAGGAUACCGUGUGCGUGAGGUGCGUUGUCUCUCUGACGACAAGCAGUCCAGCAGCAACUGCGACGAGCAGCUCAAACCAGCAGAACGGGAAGACUGCAACACCGAGCCUUGCGUCCCUCAAAUAGACGACAACUGCAAAGACCAGUACUUCAACUGCAACGUGGUUGUCCAGGCCCGUCUAUGCGUCUACGACUACUACAAGAACACCUGCUGCGCCUCAUGCUCGCGUCACCCGCACAGACACUCUGCCGUUCACAGGGGGCGCAGCUAACGAUCGCAUCCCGGGGGGGCUCUCCGCUCCACGUGGGGAACUUUUUAUCAUGUUGUCUGGAGACAGGAAGUAGAAACAUUUGUUUGUGUGUGUGAGGCAUGUGGAAAGGGCAGGAAACCACUCACCGGAUGGAUCAAACAAGUUGAAAUGGUGAUGUGUAAAACAUCCCAUAAAUCAUUUAAAUCAAUCAGCCCUCAUGCUGCAUUCAAGGAGACUGGGAAGUAGGACAUCUGACAUUCAAACUGAAUGUAAACCAAAAACAUGGCUGAUAAUCACAAGCUAAAAUUUUUAGCUGUUUUUUGGCAGCCUUAAUCAGUUGUCUUUAUUUUAUACCUAGAUAUAAGACAUAAUCUAGAGAUAAUUCAGCAAUUCAAUCUUGAUGGUGUUGGAACUCGCAAUAGGAUACGUAAAAGUGAGCAACACUCCCAUCUGGUGGCGAUCACUGGUAAUGACGGAAGGUAACCCGAAUUAUGGCAGGUGAACUCUGAGAACAGGAUAACAAAUCGAAGUCUUUACACAAUUCCGUUAAGUCAAAGAAACAGUUCAUCAUGCGGGUAAGUACAAAAAAACAACAAGCAAAUAGAAAAUGACACUUGUAAAUUCAAGAGUAAACACUUAUUAUAGCGCCACACAAAGUAAGCUAGUAUUGUAUGGUCAUUUUAAAGCUAAACAAGCUGUGUUAAACGGUUAAUAUAUAUAUACACAACAAGAGUUAUUGAAAAUAACUUUAUUUACACGGCUCUAUGGUUAAAUAUAUUUUAAAAGAUGGAUUUCAGUGGUCGUCGCCAUUUUGUUUGACGUCACACUACGACUGCUCAAAGUCGAGACUAUUAGCAAAGCGAUUCACGAUUUAAGGCUAAUGCCGUAAAGCAUUGUGUUAAAUGAUUAAUACUUACAAUUUUAAAAAGUAUUCUCGUGAAUGUAUAGUAUAUUUUUAUUGCUAUGAAGUUCUAAAUUCGUUUUAUUGACUAGUUUUCCUGUAAAUUAGCUUCAGUAGUGUAGUUCCGUGGGCGCCGCCAUUUUGUGUAGGUAGCAGUAGGAAUAUUUUGUAGCAUUUUUCCAAGUCGGAUGUUUAAGUUCCCAGUUUUCCGGAACGCAGGAUUUCUACUCCAUCCCAAACUUGACAUGUCGGACAAUUUUCUUUAGUUUGAGGAAAUUCAGUAAGCCGCAUUUUUAUGUUGCCUCAAGCACAAAACAAGGUGAACCAGUGCUUCAUUAGGGUGAGUUUGGUGUGGAAGAAUGCAUACUUUUGCCCAUAGCAUGAACGUAUACGAGGAUAAAACGCAUAAGAUGGUGAUUGCUUGUGCUGGCCGUAGAUGUAAAUAUGUACAAUAUGUUGUUAAAUACAUUCUCUGUGACUCCUAGUAACUCAAGGAAGAACUUUGUUAUUGAAUGCUAUUUAUUUACGCAGUCUUCCGAAUCUUGCUUUUGUGUGUGUGAUUUCCUGGCGGGAGAUCACAUUCCAAGAAGCUCCUGCUGCUCCACGCGUGUCAAAGAUUUACAGUAUUACAAUUAUUAACAUCAACUUUCUACCCGUCAACGGUUUUGGAUCUCCCAUCAGUAUUCAGACUGCUGCAUUUGAUCACACAUCUGUAUUGGCUUUAUGUGCUCCUUUUCAAAUAAACUUAUUUUUUGUAUGCCUAAGAGCGCAUUUAUGUGUUUUUGUUGCCAUGUUGAUUACACACUUUUUUUUGUAAUUGUGUACAUAUUCAGUUGUAAUGUAUUUUAUUUCAGUUCAUACAGUAUAUUGUGAUUUUUUUUCCAGACUCGUUUCAACGUUGUGGUGCGGAGUUAGAGCGACACCCGGUGGCAGUUACCUGUAAGUACAUCCUGGAAUUUACUAUCUGUCCUAAAGUUAUUUAAAUAUUGGAUUUGAUUGAUUAAAAAAAAUAGUUUAACAAAAAAAUAUAAAUUUGUUUUCUACUCGAACAAAACCAGAUGUUCAUAUUUGCAAAAUCCUUCAUUUA